UCUGUUGCCGACGACGGGUAUGCCGUUCAGAGAAAAUACCCUCGCACGCGCUACAGUCGAGGAGCCGAAACCCGAAACUCGGUCGCCUAAACGCGCACGGCACACCCCUCUGAGUACACCUGAGCUAGAUUCUGAUGUAUCUAGUCUUCCCUCCACACCCCUAUCGACUCCCAGUCCUGUCGCGCGUUUAUCCCGACCGACGCGUCCCCUGCCCCGUAAUUCCAACAAGCAGAAACCGAAGGGAAAUCGUUCGAAUCCCCAAAAGGACUGCGAUGACGACUUUCGGCUUGGUGGUAAGCCUAAAGUUUCUGCGAAUCAUCGUCCUCGCGGGACAGGACAUAUUCCGUGCGGGAGUUGCUCGGGCAUGUUCCAGCGGCAGAAUGAUCGCAACAGACAUCAAUUGCGAUGUCCCGAAAGAGAACUCGAGUUGGAGGAAAAGAUGCGGUGCCAGGGUUGUAGCAGGCUGAUGUCACGCAAAGACGCCUUAAAGAGGCAUCAACGCACCUGUCGCAAGCUGAAUUAGGUUGAGGAGGAACAAGGGAUGACAGGGAAGAAGCUUCUCUGAUAGUUUGAUAUUGCUAUGUUUCAUGCUGUGAAA